AUGGCCGCGAUGGGCCGGCCCAAGGCUGCCAUUGCGGCGCAGAUCUGGGGCAUUGGGUGCUGGGUCUACAUCUUCCUGGAUUGCAUUGUGGUGGAGCUGGGUCGAUCCAUGGAGCCCUUCCAACGUAUGGACCUCACAGCCGGGCAGUGGGUCGGCUACGCGUCCAUCUGCGUGUUCCUGCUGGUGGUGGAGGGGAUCCGCGCCUUUCAGCUGAGCUUCGCGCCGCUGUUGGUGAAGCGCUCCAGGGAGUUGCAAGGAGACUCCCCCUGCUGGGAGCUGCUCUUGGCACCCUUCUUCGUGGCUGGCUUGGUGUCUGCCACCCCGAAGCGGCUCUGCAAGAGUUGGCUGCUCAUAGCUCUGCUGAUUCCAGGCCUUGCCCUUUCCGUGCCGCAUCUUCCGUACCCGUGGCGCCAGGCGGUGGACGCAGGGGUGGUGCUGGGCCUGGGGUGGGGCACCUCGGCGGUGCUGGGCUUUUGGCUGCGGGGGGCGCUGUACGACCGCUGGCCGGAGGCAAGGAAGCGGACGUGA